GAAGAAUUUCUUAAACUUGCUUUAUGCAUGGGAUUAACAUAAUUCUGGUUUAUUGCUAAUUGUACAAAAUUGGGUAGUUAAAACCUGUGUCAUGUUUAUAGUAGGACUUACUGGAGGUCUAGCCACCGGGAAGAGCACAGUUCUAUCUAUAUUUCGCGAAAAUGGUGUAGCUGUAAUUGAUGCUGAUGAAGUGGCCAGGAAAGUUUUAGAACCGGGCACACAAGCAUGGAAAGAGUUGAAAGAAUAUUUUGGUGAUGUAGUUCUUCAUGAUGAUGGCAAAGUGAAUAGAGUGACUCUUGGAGAGAUAGUCUUUGACAGUAUAGAGAAGCGGCGUAAACUGAAUGCCAUCACCCACCCUAGAAUACAAAGUGCAAUGAUGAAAAUGGCUAUCUCUUAUUUCUUUUCUGGUCACCGAUAUAUUGUUAUGGAAGUACCAUUGCUCUUUGAAACUGGAAAGAUGUUAAACUUCAUGCAUAAGAUAAUUACAGUUGUAUGUGAAGACCACCAACAACUAGACAGACUUUGCAAAAGAAGUGAUUUUUCAGAGUCAGUUGCAAAAAAACGCAUCGAUUGUCAGAUGCCUCUUGAGCAUAAAGUAGCAAAAUCACAUUUUGUCAUUGAUAACUCUGGGGAUUUCGCCAACACAAGGCACCAAACAGAAAGUAUAAUACGAUUGUUAAGAAGAUCCAAAUUCACUUGGUAUUUCAGAACAAUAUUUUUGAUUGCCUGUUUAUCAAUAAUUUUCGGACUAGCUCAUGUAGUAAGUAAUGUGACAAAUAAAAAAAUGUAAACUGUAAACAAGUAUACUGAAAAAUUUACAGGUGUAAGGACAAGGUUAAAGUUAGGAUCCCUCAGCUUCUACUAUGUUGAACUGCUGUAAAUCUUAAAAUGGUCUAUGUGAUUUAUAUAAAUUUGCCAAUAUUGUUUGCAAUUAUUUGGGUAACGGCUUUAUACUUCAAAAUUGUCCAAAAAUAGUUAAAUUGUGAAAGUACUAAAGUAUUUUAACUUUUAAACGAUCAAAAAUGUAAUAUAACUAUGAUUGACAUCAAUCAUCUAUGGAGAUAAGAAAUUAAAACUGUUGCUUUUAAUUGUUUUAAUCUCAUAAAUUUGAAGGUUAUAAUACCAUAUACACUUUAAUUGUGAAGGGUUUGUUACAUUAAUAAUUUUUUUGUCAUUAUUCGUAAUAAGUCUAAACACAACAAUGUAACUAACGAAUAUGAUGGAUA